GGGUGGAUUUGGAGUUCGGAGUGAUAAUAAAACUUGUUUGUGUUUGUCAUCGGUUGCAGUUUUUUUACAAUAAUAUUUAUUGGGCAAAAAUAAUUGUUUAAAUUUAGUAAAAGCAUGGAGGACAGCGGUAUUGACAGCGAGGACAGACAGUCGAAUAUCUAUGAGGAUGGUGCUGCAGGUUUACUGAAAAGUGCCAGUGGAGCCCCAAAACAUAUGUCAGAUCUGGAGUUUGAGGUGGCAUUUAGGGGUGCCAGCAAAGUGUAUGCGCCAACAACCAUUGAAAUCGAUGAAGACAGAGCUGCCCGAGGGACAGAGGGACGCAGCGAACCGCCAAACACCUGCCGCAUACUGCAACGAAAACUGGAACUGAAGGUCGAGCGUGCCAGGCGCAACUACACACAGUACCAAGAGGAGCAGGCAACCAAGACACAGGCGGCCACACUCAUUCCCAUUAACCGGUUACCCAUACCAGGUGAACAGGAGCAAAAGCCGCUGGUGGAUUACAAGUCUGAGAGCAGCGAUGAGGCCGAGGAGAUAUCCUUUUUCCCCGCACAACUGAAGCGCGCUAAACGUCGUCAACAAAAUCAUGAACUCACAGAUACUUUCAGCAUACAGGAGAUGACCAUUGAAUCUGAUCUGGAGUCCGAUGACAGCGGCGGCACUCAGAACCUCGAAUUACUCUUACCCUCCAUGAAAUCAAAUAUAUUGGAUAAGCUUAAGAGCUGCUUCGGCUGCUGGCGGCGCAGGUAAUGCCCGGAGAGGCACUACAACAGAUUCCGGCACAAGGCACGUUAUUGAAAGGCACUAGAGAUUCAUUUGUAGACACAAUUAACAUACGAUAUAUACAUAUAUAUAAUUGCCAAUACCAGAUCUAAUAUUACAGAUAUUGAAAGCGAUAAAUUAAAUCUUGUAAAAAUGCCAACA